AAAUGCCACUCCCGUGACGUCGGUAGGCUAAGGCGGAAGGAGAGCGUAGAGGAAAUAUCAAGGAGGUGAACGGACGGAAUUGGGCGACUGCUCGAGUUGUAGAUUGACUCAUUUUCUGUCAAGAUGGAUCUUCUGUUUGGGCGCCGGAAGACCCCAGAGGAGAUGCUGCGGCAAAAUCAGCGGGCUCUGAACCGUGCCAUGCGAGAAUUAGACCGGGAACGGCAGAAGCUGGAGGCCCAGGAGAAAAAGAUCAUUGCUGACAUCAAGAAAAUGGCCAAGCAAGGGCAGAUGGAUGCUGUGAAAAUCAUGGCUAAAGAUCUGGUGCGGACAAGGCGCUAUGUCAAGAAGUUCAUCAUGAUGCGGGCUAACAUCCAGGCAGUGUCCCUUAAAAUACAGACACUCAAGUCUAACAACUCCAUGGCUCAGGCAAUGAAAGGUGUCACCAAAGCCAUGGCUACCAUGAACAGACAGCUCAAGUUGCCUCAGAUCCAGAAAAUCAUGAUGGAGUUUGAAAAGCAGUCAGAGAUCAUGGAUAUGAAGGAAGAGAUGAUGAAUGAUGCUAUUGAUGAUGCAAUGGGAGAUGAAGAGGAUGAGGAGGAAAGUGAUGCUGUUGUCUCCCAGGUGUUGGAUGAGCUAGGUCUGACGCUGACAGAUGAGCUGUCAAAUUUGCCUUCCACUGGUGGGUCUCUGAGCGUGGCAGGAGGAAAGAAAGCGGAAGCCUCAGCAGCUCUCGCUGAUGCAGAUGCUGAUUUGGAGGAGCGGUUAAAAAACCUACGUCGAGACUAGAAGAGCGGUGCCCAGCUCCCUUCCCCUCCCUCAGCAUGGGUGGCUCUUCAGACACUGCUGGUGUUAGGAUUACAACUCUGCUGUGGCAGGGAGUCCUAGUUUUGCAAGCUUGCGCGAGGUUGACUGUGGGUGGCCUGAGUGGGGGAAAGAAGGGUUAAACCAAGCCGUGUGGUGCUCUUAUUCCACUCUGAUUUGAAAGGACUUUCAGCAUCACUGGGCAAAAUUAUGGGGGCAGAAUGUUUUUCUUUUCUUUUUUCUCCUACCGUGAAAAUGCCUCCAUUUCCAUGAGACUGGACAGCUUGGGAUCUAAAGGAAGCUUCCUUCUGAAUGGGGAGGCCAGAGUGGGUGACAUUCCCUACUCAGUCCCCCAUAUUCUUCUGGUGGUGAUGGGAAGGUGGAGGAGGGUGGGCAGUAGAACAACAGGUGGUACCUCCUCUGAUACCCCUGCCAUUUGAAAGUGGCAAGAGGCUUUCUGACUGUUUCCCCAGUAAAGCUUUCUAUAAAGCCCUGUCCCUGAAGGCAGGCAGGAAGGCCUCCCCAUUGCAUCUGUUUGUCUCUUGUAAUAAAAGUUGUAGAUUUGUA